AAUCGCGAUCGCAUUGAUCACGGAACAGCAGCAGUGGAUCUGAUCACCGCGUAGUCGAAGCUUGGCAACAAGGCUACACGGGCAAAGGAAUUGUGGUUACAGUCAUCGAUGACGGUAUUGAACGGAACCACCCUGAUUUGAUCGCAAACUUUGAACCAUUGGCAAGCUAUGAUUUUAUUGAUUGGGAUAAUGAUCCACUUCCAAAAUACACAACUAGGAACUCCAACAACCACGGAACCAGGUGCGCCGGAGAGGUGGCGAUGCAAGCAAAUAAUAGCAUAUGUGGUGUUGGCAUUGCUUUCAACUCGAAAAUUGGAGGUAUCCGGAUGCUUGGCGAUUCAGCCUCGGACAUGAUGGAGGCAGCUUCUUUGAGUUACAACAGAAAUUUUAUCAGUAUAUACAGCAUCAGCUGGGGGCCGGAUGAUGACGGAAUUACUGUUGACGGACCAGGAAUAUUAGCGAAAAAGGCUCUCGAAGAUGGCGCAAAGUUGGGAAGGGACGGUCUAGGAUCUAUUUUUGUGUGGGCGUCAGGAAAUGGUGGCCAAGUGACAGAUCAUUGUAGCUGCGACGGAUACGUGACGAGCAUUUACACAUUGGCCGUAACUAGUGCGAGCAUGACAGGAUACUUGCCCGCAUAUGCAGAAUCGUGUCCAUCAGUAAUGGCCACAACUUACAGUGCCGCCACCAACGGCAAAGCAGUGAUUACAACGGAUUUGAAUGAAGGAUGCAGCAGCAUACAUACAGGAACAUCAGCAUCUGCACCAAUGGCUGCAGGAAUAUGUGCCCUCGCUCUCGAAGCAAAUCCUUCGUUGUCUUGGAGAGAUAUGCAAUACAUAAUUGUGAAAACGUCGAGGCGAGCAAAUCUCCACGAUGUGUGGCAUAAAAAUGGAGCUGGUUAUUACGUGUCGCACAAAUUUGGAUUUGGUUUAAUGGAUGCUAAUGCGAUAGUGAGUUUAGCCGAGGAAUGGCAACCAUUACCCGAGCAACAUGUCUGUGUUAUUAGUGCAUCUGGUAUGCCGCAAAACAUCACUAGUGGAGAUAGUCUGUAUCUACAGAUACGCUCUAAUGGAUGUAUUGGGACGAAGAACGCCGUCCGCUAUUUAGAACAUGUUCAAGUGAAGAUAAAUCUCUAUCAUAGGCGGCGUGGACAAUUGACCAUCACACUAACCUCUCCCUCUGGUACACGGUCCAACCUUCUGUCACGAAGGCCAAGAGAUUUUGGCAAGUCGUUCCAGGACUGGCCAUUCAUGACUACACAUAGCUGGGGAGAAAGUGCAUUUGGAACGUGGAGAUUAAAAAUUGAGGACCAGCAUAGAUAUUUCUUUUCUUCAUCUAUUUCAGGCCAUCUGCAUAGUUGGAGUAUAAUUUUGUAUGGUACGAUUACAUUACCGAAUACAGCAAGAACAGGCACUGGAAAUACUAUUUAUAGACGAUGGAGAUGAAUGUCUCAAAAUUUAAAGCACUAUUGUAUGUUGUGACAACGCAUCAUGAUUUGUAUAUGAAAAUGGAAAUCAUAGAUGUAGCAAUCUGGACCUAUCUCGCUCUAUUUCUUUUCUGUACUAAACUUUUCCAAUAUCUUAUUGUUUUUUUUUUUAUUUAGUCAAAUUAUUGCAGCCACAAUCUUAACAACAAUUUCCUCAUAUAUCGGUAACGUAAACGUUGUCAUAUAUAACAUUAUAUUUCGGUUAAGGUAAGGGUGAUUAUUCAAUAUGAAUAUUUAGUUAAUAUUGGAGGUGAUAGGCCUACUUCUUCACUUUUUAUAAGAAGUCACUUUUUUACAUAUUUUUAUAAGAAGUCUAUAACGCCAAAUAGUGGCGUUAUAGACUUCUAUAGACUUAUAAAUAGACUUCUAUAGAUUAAUAAAUCUAUAGAUCUAUUAAGUGUACUAUUUGAAAAACAGAUUUUUAAUUAUGUCUACUAUAGGCUCAAUAUUCAAUCAAUUCUAAAUAAAAAGGUAUUAUCUGUAGAGUUUCUGUAGAUUUUUUGAAUAGAAUUACUAAGGACUACGCUCACAUCGUCGGUCGAAACAUUUCUCACGACUGAAGAACAAGCAACUGAGCUCCACAAACCGAUAAUAAAGGACUCCCUUAUUAUAAAAACAUUAUGUGUUUAAAAUUGUCGGUUCUGCUUGACGGAUGGUCUAUGAAUCGUUGUUUAAAUACAGGUAUUGUGUGUAGGUCUAUUAAUGUCUUAUUGUCCUCACAUGUGCUACUAGUUUUGAAUACCAGAGAGGAGUACAAUCCAUUACAUUGUUGUCUAACAAUACUUUAAUUAAGCUUAGCUCAAUGUGCAUGUUACUGUAUCAGAUGAGGCAUGUCCACACCAGUAAGUCAAGAAGAUAAAGUAGGCCUAGAAGAUCCAAGGAAGUGCACCUCCUUAGAAAAGCUGACCUUGAGUUUAAGAUGUUUGUUUUGAUUCAGAUCAUGCAAAUUACAUGAGUAGGCCUAGAAUCAAAUUUGUUUUCACUUUGAAGGGCAAUACCUACUCAUUUUAGGCCUAUGAUACUGAAACAUAAGUAGUGAGCAUAUUAUAUUCACUAACCCGACGCAAGCCUUAUUGGCUGCAGAUGCAACUUUAACGAUCGUAAUGCAGUAGCGCAUGCUAUUAUUAACGUAAACACUAACAGUAUAUACUGUAGGUGGUCUAUAUGGUUACACCUUAUAUAAUAUCCACUCUACUACUUUGAAUGAUGUAAUACUGGUGUCCUAAGGAAAGAAUGGUCUUCAUAAUAAGUUGAAAUCAAAAUGUCAAUAAAUGACUAUUCGUAUGGUAACUGUG